AUGGCGUCCGAACCUCAGCAACCUUCGGCCGGCCCGCCUCGCAAGGUUGACGUCUUCACCGGAGACGUCGUUCACCACGACACUUACCCUGAGAUCAACCCAGUCACGGCUUCCAACUGCACUGGGAAAGCAGUCCUCAUCACAGGAGCAAGUAAAGGACUCGGAAAGGCAGUGGCAAUCGGCUACGCCGAGGCAGGCGCAUCACUCAUUGCCGUCGGCGCUCGCUCAAAUGUCUCAUCUACCAUCGCCUCCAUCAUCGAGGCCGCAAAGGCUGCUGGGAGGGGUGAGCCAACGGUAUUGGCCCUCGAGAUGGAUGUGAGCAGCACGCCGAGCGUAAAAGCGGCCGCAGAGCGACUUACGGCCGAGUGGGGACGCCUGGAUAUCCUAAUUAACAACGCGGGCUACAUGGCUCCCUUCAACUUGCUCCUUGAUGCCGACGACGACGAGUAUAUGAAGGCAUGGGAUGUGAACUACUGGGGCACAUAUCGUGUCACGAAGGCGUUCUUGCCGCUGUUGCUCAAGGGCGGCGACAAGACGAUUGUCAAUAUGUCUUCGGUGGCGGCUCACUUCAUGGGUGCUGGAGGAGGAGCCUAUCACAUUUCCAAAUUUGCGUUGAUUCGGUUCACUGAGUUUGUUCAGGAUGAGUAUGGUGAUCAGGUAACAUCAUUCACAAGCAUGGAUUUGAGAUCAUGA